CCGGGCGCAGGUGGCCCGUAGCCUCCCUCCGCCCCGGGGGCCGCCCUCGGGCGCGCCAGUCCCAGCGGCGGCCUUCACGUCGCCUCCCCUGCCCGCCGGCCGGUCAGCGCGCUGGGCCUGGUUUCCGCCGCCUCCCCCCGGACCACUUAGUCUCAACCCGGGUGUGGUUUCCACUGCUAGAGAAUGAAACAUGACUGAGGACUCUCAGAGAAACUUCCGUUCAGUGUAUUAUGAGAAAGUGGGGUUUCGUGGAGUUGAAGAAAAGAAAUCAUUGGAGAUUCUCCUAAAAGAUGACCGGCUCGAUAUCGAGAAACUUUGUACUUUUAGUCAGCGAUUCCCUCUCCCGUCCAUGUACCGUGCGUUGGUAUGGAAGGUGCUUCUAGGGAUCCUGCCUCCACACCAUGAGUCCCAUGCCCAGGUGAUGUUGUACCGCAAGGAGCAGUACUGUGACGUCCUUCACGCCCUGAAAGUCGUUCGCUGUGUCACUGAGGCCACGCCUCAGGUUGAAGUCUAUCUCCGCAUGUACCAGCUGGAGUCUGGAAAGUUGCCUCGAAGUCCUUCCUUUCCACUGGAGCCAGAAGAUGAAGUAUUUCUUGCCAUUGCCAAAGCCGUGGAAGAGAUGGUAGAGGACAGCGUCGACUGUUACUGGAUCAUCCGAUGCUUUGUGAACCAAUUAAAUAACAAGUACCGGGAGUUUUUACCCCAGCUGCCAAAGGCUUUUGAACAAUACUUGAAUCUGGAAGAUAGCCGACUGCUGAGUCAUCUGAAGACGUGUUCUGCGCUGUCCAAACUUCCUUAUGAUCUCUGGUUCAAGAGGUGCUUCGCAGGGUGCUUGCCCGAAUCCAGUUUACAGAGGGUUUGGGAUAAAGUUGUAAGUGGAUCCUGUAAGAUCUUAGUUUUUGUAGCUGUGGAAAUUUUAUUAACCUUUAAAAUAAAAGUAAUGGCUCUGAACAGUGCAGAGAAGAUAACAAAGUUUCUGGAAAAUAUUCCCCAGGACAGCUCGGACGCAAUCGUGAGCAAGGCCAUCGACUUAUGGCACAAGCACUGUGGGACCCCGGUGCACUCAGCCUGACCGCUCCCGAUAUGUGCACGGCCUGCCAGGUCCCCCCGAGCGGUGUGCUCUCAGGACACGGUCUACUAAACUCAUUGAAAAUGGGGUUCUGCUUUGGCACUCAAGGCGUCAUUUUUUCCAGUGAAAUGAUUUACGACACCUGGUGACGUUGUGUUGUGGAGCAGCAUCUUUUGGGUGCACAGAGGUUCAAGGUUCAGCUCUGAACAGCAUUUUAAAAGGGUUACUCGAAAAUGCCUCUCUGUUUGCAAAGCAGUUCAGUCAGGGUGAGCGGGUGCCACGGUAGGCAGUGUAUAAGCAAGCCCGCCCUGCUUCUGUCUCAUUAGCACCACGCUUGUUCCUUUCUAAGGUCUAUUUCUGGAAUAAAGAACAACUUCCUUUUGCUGACAGCUCAGAUGCGGCUUUCGUUCGUGCAGUACUUGUUGAAAUCUAAGCCGGCUGCUUUCUGAGGCUUUGUCUUGCCAGAUCGGUUUAAAUAAAAGCCUUACUUUUUUUUUUUUUUUCCUCAGCUUCA